UUAAAUUUCAGUUGUUUUGGUUUUUUAUUUAAACAAUUAUCUGAAAAUCAAUAUGUUACUGUCGAUUUUUCUUAAAUUAGUAAAUUGUUGCAUCUAAAUUUUAAAUUAGUUAUUUAUUAACAUUUUCUGUUUGUUUUUCAACUUGAUAAUUAUGUACUUUGAAAAAUUAAUUUUUAUAUUCCUAACGAUUUAUUGUUGUUUACUGACCGAAUUAAUUAGAAGUCAAACAUUGGAAGUGAUUGAUGACACUGAAUUGUUAUCCUUAUGUCGUAUUGAAAGUCAAGUAGUUGUUUUGUUUACUCAAAAAGAUUGUGAGAAAUGUAAAAAGUAUGAAGAAACUCUGAUUCAAGUCAGAGAAGAAUUAGUUGAUUCACUAAAUGCUUGGGUUGUAAAAGUGGAAGGUAGUAAUUUGGUUCAUAUAUAUAAUCCUACUAAAGAACCUACAUUGGUCAUGUUUCGACAUGGUGUACCAUUAUUAGUACCAGAAACAGAGGCCCUUAAUGAAGAAUUACUAAUAGACAUGCUUUUAAACAAUAAAGAUCCAAUUGUAAAAGAACUAAAUGAUAAUAAUUUUGAACAUCUUACCCAGGCAUCAACAGGAGCCACCACGGGUGAUUGGUUUAUCAAAUUUUAUUCAUCAGACAGCAUAGAAAGUCAAAGAUUACAAGCGCGUUGGGAGACCGUUGGAGCUAAACUCAAAAAUCGUGUCAAUGUUGCUCGUAUAAACCGGCAUAUUGGAGGAUCAAUAACUGCUCGUCGGUUUUCAAUAAACCAAUCGCCUACAUUUAUUUUAUUACGUCGUGGUAUAUUAUACAAAUAUACAUCAUCUGAAUUUACUAUUGAGUCAUUUUUAAAAUUUGUUGAUGAAGAUCAUAAGUACACAAUAAAAUUACAAGUACCACAACCAAAGUCAGCAUUUGAUGAUUUUACACACAUGUGCUUUGAUAUACUCAGGGAAAACCCAUUGGUAUGGAAAUUAGGUUUGACCGUAUUUAGUGUAAUACUGUUAUGUCUUGCUGCCUUGAAUAAAACAUCAAGGUCGACUGAAUCCAAGCCCAAAAAAAAGUCUACUAAAAGUUCCAGUAAAAAAAGCAAGUAAUUGUUGAAUUAUUGAUAAGCAAGCUUAAAUCACUUUAAAAUAAAAUUGUAUUGUUUGAAUU